AUGGCGACCAUGUCCAUUUUUGGUUUCCAUGUAAUAAACGUCGUCAGGGAUAACUGCGAAUUCAAAUUCAAACUUGUGUUGGAUUCCAGUUCUUUUCAUCAGGAGCCCAUGGUAUUAAUAAAAAUCAUUUUGCAAGUUAAAAAGGAAGAGUUCGAUUUAUCGAGUGAGAAGAACAUCUUAUGCUGUCGAGUUAUCGAGAAAUUCGAAUUGACGCCCGUUCGUACAACGCAACCGCUAGCGCAAACGUUGACGUUUCACGGAUGUUGUCUCAGACAGACCAUUUUAUAUAUUACCGAAGCGUGUUCGGUGCGCAAGCGCAAAGUAGGAGAAUUGACAGCCGACAAUAGUGAAAUUGUGAUUGUGACGUGUGAUAGUACGAGUAGUAUAAUGACGAAUAAAAAUGCAAACUAUUUACUAGCUGCUGCAGGGUUGCUUAUGUUAACUGCAGCUUAUUAUGGUGGAACCAAGAGAAUAACAAGAUGCUGGAAAACGCGACCUAUAUAUACCACACGUCGGAAAAAUGGUUUCUAUCGAGCAUCAUUCCUUCCAAUGAAAAAACAAGAUUCGGAGCAGUUCUUUAAGUACACCAGGAUGACUGUACAAGUUUUCGACCAUUUUUGUCAACAACUAAAGGAAAAACUUGUAAAGAGACGAAUAUCCGAUGGGAUUUGCCCUGAAGAGAAAAUUGCAAUCACCCUACAAUAUUUGUCGCAAGGAGUUAGUAUGCAAAGCCUAGCCUGGACUUACAAAAUGGGAUUAACAACAGUACAUUCAAUUAUUCAUGAAGUAUGUAAAGUAAUAUGGGACGUACUCGCUCCACAAUAUCUCAGCGAGCCAAGCACCGAGGAAUGGCAACACAUCAAUAUACAAGCACCAGCCAACAAUUCUGGCUCACUUAAUGUUCCUAAAGAUACUUACAUUCCGAAUACAAGUGUUAAAGUGCCAUAUGCUCUAGUUGCUGAUAAAGCAUUUCCCCAGAAAAAGUAUAUAAUGCGUCCUUAUGGAGGACGACAUUUAAGUAUGGAAAAAAGAAUUUUCAAUUAUCGUCUGUCCCGUGCAAGAAGAAUGAUCGAAAACACAUUUGGUAUUAUGGUAGCAAGAUGGCGCAUUUUAAAACAAACAAUUGUUGCUGAUGUAACAAACAACGAUCAUAUGGUUAAAGCAGUGGUUGUGUUACAUAAUUUUUGUCUACAACAAGGAUGUUGUAACAUUUACUGUCCUUCUGGAUAUGUUGAUGUAGAUGACAAAGACAAUGGACAAUGGAGAUCUGAAAUUAAACCUCUGCCAUCUGUUGGAAGGGUAUCAACCAAUACUGCUACUAGAUUAUGUUACCACAUCCGAGACCUGGUUUGCGAAUAUUUUUCCUCAAAUGUAGGGGCUCUUCCAUGGCAAAAUGAAAGGGCAUUGAGAAGAUAA